GUUCUAAAGGCACAGAGAGACGAGGAAGAGCCGACGGAGAGAGAAGAGUGGUGUGUUCUCUUGGGGGACACGAGUAUAUAAAAUUUGUUUUUAAAUAUUCCGGGUAACUACAUCGUUAUUUAACUAAACUAUGGCGUAUGGUUUUGGUAUUUUGUUUGUUGUUGGAGACUGUAAGGCAACGUGAAGAUGUUUGUUUAGUUUGCUUUGCGGGCCCGGAAGGCCUUUUUUUGUUGUGAGUGAGGUUCAAUUACCUUAAGACCUAAAAAAUUACAGUAUGACAGUUCAUAUUUGUGCUCGUCAGCGCUGUUAUGUGGAAUAGGAGAGUUUUCUGGUUACGGUGUGUAAAAAGACGCUUAGUUACUUUAUAAAAGACGUUUAGUGAUCAGGAUGUGUCCGGGUAAACAAAACAACAGGCUAAAUUAAUUGUUAACGUAUGUUUACAGGGGGAAUAUAAAUUAUUAAUUGUAACAAGGUGUUUAAAUGCACCUUGCAGUAUAGUGGAUAAAAGACACCCAUUGUCUUUAAACCCCGGUAAAUCUUGCUCCUUAAAAGAAUGGGCUCUAAUGGCUCCGUCUGGCGAGGUCUCACUCCAUUAUACAGUGCCUUACAGUAAGAGGGUUUUCAUCAUGGACGCUCAGACACGGUAUCAGUAGCUACAAAAUACAUUAAUUUACAAUAUUCUAACUUAAUUGUUUGGGAAAUCAUUUUAUAUACAUAUAGUUAAGGCUUAAAUGGGAAAUGUUUUUAAUGUAGUUAAGGCUUAAAUGUUUUAUCAUAUUCCCCAUAUCAAUCUCCAUAUUCAUAAUAUUAGUCCUGUUAUCAUCGAAGAGGUCUCUCACGACUUGUACUUUUCACACAGACUUCAUAUGUAAAGGCAUGUCUAGCGUUUUCUUUUGUUCUGUUACUAUAUUACUUGUCACUAUUCUACAGUCAGGUUAUAGCAAUAUGGAAAAUGCACAGAAUGACCUUAGAAAUUCAAUUUGCAGUUUGUUGCAUCAUCAAAGGAUUAUACAACAUGAAGCGCUAACUGAUUGGCCUGGUUGAAUAUUAUGUGAGUGGCUGUGAAGAACCAUUUUUGUGAAUAUCUUUGUUUCUAAAAAACUGCACAAAAUGAUAUGUGUAGUUUCUAGAAAUGGCUAAAGCUCACAUCUCUGAAGUGUGAAGUGAAGGUGCCUGUGGGAGGUGCGUGUUCGUGCAUCUGCAUGUGCAGAGUUGACCUGUGCACCACAUACAAGGCUGCUGGUAUCCAAAUCAAGGCAACUGUAACACAAGUCACCCUCACUGGGCCGAAUAACUGCAGCUUGCAAGUCAACAUGGACAAAUUGGGAAGCAGUAUUGUUGUUCCCACCAUGGGAAACUGGAAACAGUUUUCCCAGUUCUGUCUCAGUUGCUGGCCGGGUGUGCACAGUAGAACCUGAGAAUGUUUCCCAGAGGAUCAGCACCACUUUGGUCUCAGUCGCAUGUUGGCGUGAGGGCUCCUUUUAUUGGCAGGUUUUGGAGUUGCCUUGAUGUCGCCAUAUCAGCCUCACAGCACCAAGACACCAAGAGAAUUAGUGUCGUGUACCAACCUGGAUGUCGCACAGGCAGGCACCUGUGGGAAUACACUGGUUAACGUUAACCAGCACCAAAGAACGUGGCUGAUCUGUCAGUUUCUUUACAGAUUGAAAAUAGGAAAACCCCAGUAUUUUUUGCAGCCUUUGCAGUGCCAUUAGCAUACUUGUGUUUGAGUAGACAUGGGGUCACCAGACCUAAACCGCACGUUAUUACCCAUAUCAUACGGUCACUUCAGAAACCUUUUUUGACCUAGAGUUGUUUGCAAAAGCUUAAUAAACCAGAUGUUAUCCUUUCUCAUCUUCACCUAGAAUCUGGUUUUGUACUUUCAAAAUGUCCCUGCAACCCAAAGUGUUGCAGUAGGUUAUUGUUCCUCCUUAUGUUUAUGUGACUAAACGCUGUAUCAAAAUCAAGCCAAAUGAGGGCAGUAUUGUACCAAACUGAAUGUACCUUAUAAGAUGUAUAGUAGCUCAGUUAGACCUUUUAAUCCUCACAGGUUAGUAUUCUAAAAUGUCUGUGUUACAUAAAGCCUGCAGCUGGAGCUGGCCCUGAACAUUUUUAGAAUACCAAAAAUGUCAGUCUCUUCUCAUAAAAAAAUUUAACCUUGCACUUUAAUCAGCCUCAAUUCAGGUUUUUUUUUUUUUAAUAUCGUCCCUUGCAUUUAUGAUUAACUUGUAUUAAGCAGUAAAAUAACUAGAAAGAAAAUGAAUGCUGUUCAGUUUUCUUCAGCUUCUUGAACCAGGUUUAAAACAAUACUUGUGCGGUUCAUAAUUUUACCAUUUAAACAAUUUGUGUACAGUGUUGUUGUAUUUAUGAAGUAUAUUUUUGACAGUAUUAUAAGAAAAGUAUAGAGCAUUUUAAGAUUAUAUCAAGGUGUAUUUUUUAAUUAGUCAAGAGAUUCAAAAAAUACCGUAUAACCAUAUUUCCUUAUGGCUUUUUUUACAGCAGGAGUUUAUCUAUCCAAUCUCAUUGUUUGUUAUUCAGACAAUAUGACACAUGCGUGGUUUAAGUAAUUUUCAUUGUAACACUAUCAAUACUUGAUAGCUGCUGUAAGUAAAUAUGGUUAAAUUGGAAUUUUUAAGAAAGCCAUGUUGACAAGCUGGGAGAAGUACUAAAAAGGUUAUUGGAUUAAAAGCUAUAGCAAGGUCAUCGUUUUUCAAAAGCAUGGAUAAUUCCCCCAUUUCCCAUGGGGGAAGGGAACAGUCCUUCCGUAUAGUCUUACAUCACAGUUCCUCACCUAAAUUUUCAAAGAGGGGGAGUUUGUCUUCUUUCUUUCUUGAUUUAGGUAAAGAAGCAACUAAUUCACCAAGCCGGAAGAUUUCUGGAUCGGAAAUAUGUUUUUUUUUUUUUUUAAUCAAAUUUCAUUAUGCAGAAGACGGCUGAUUUCUUUGGCUUUUUUGGCUGCUGUGAAACCAUGGCAGUUUCCCUACCCCGUUUCUCUAUCCUUCACUGGACACUGUAGUGGAAGAUUUUUUUUUCUGGCCUCUCCUCCCCACCCCUCCCCCCUCUCGGUACUGAAUUGUUUUCCUGGCCGUCUUCUGGGAUCCCACUCGAGAGGAAAUUUCUAUUUCAGCCUGUACCCUACAACCCACCUCGCCCCCCUACACACAAAAAUAAAAAAGGACUUGCCCCAUCCAUCUCUAGUGAUGUGCAGUCUGAUGUGAAGCUGUGUAUCGGAGAGGGGAAGUAAAGCAAGUGUCUCUGGCCCUGUUCGUUGUAACUCAUGGAGUGAGUGUUCCUUCAGGACCUGCAGGACACAUCGAGUGGAAGUGGGUGAAGAAAGGAAGGACCCACUCAGCCACACCAGAGGAGAUUCCUGCGGGCCUUGUUCUUGAAGAGACGCGACCCAAGAGAAGAUCACCGUCGUUAGAAAAAUAACUCAGACCAGCAGGGAAGAAGCCACAGUUAUAUUUCCUAUCUGCUUGAGCAUGUCUAACCAAGGAGAUGACUGCUAUUUCUACUACUAUUCCACCUGCGUGAAGGGUGACAGCUGUUCCUUCCGACACUGCGAAGCUGCCAUGGGCAGCGAGGUUGUGUGCACCCUCUGGCAGGAGAGCCGCUGCUUUCGCAAGAUCUGCAAGUUCCGCCACACGGAGAUUGAGAAAAAACGAAGUGAGAUUCCCUGUUACUGGGAGAACCAGUCUGCUGGUUGUCAGAAAGCGAACUGUGCCUUUCACCACGACAAGCCCCGGGUCAUUGACGGAAUAUUCCUUCCUCCAAGUAAAGGUCCUGUCUUGAGGAAGGAGGAAGCUGGAGAGGAGGCCUCUGGGGCUGCUGUCCCCCCUACCCCAGCCCCAUCUGCGCUCCCGAACCCAGCCAACCCCCAGCUCCGAGGAGUCAUCAAGGCAGAUAAUUCAGAGAAUGUCCCAAGCCCCACUCACCCACCAGUGGUCAUCAACCCAGCUGACGACGAAGACGAGGAUGACGAAGAUCAAAUCUCGGAGGAAGGUGAAGAGCUUAAAGCUGGAUCAGAUUCGUCGAAGUUGACAUCACCAAGGAAACUGGUCUCCAGCAAAGAUGAUUCAUUGAACUUUGGCAUUAAAACACUUGAAGAAAUACGGUUGAGGAAAGCACUCAAGGCAAAUUUAAAGAAAGCUGGUUUUACCUCAGAGAGUCUUCCCCAGUCAGCUACAGUUCUUUCCCAAACUGCCCAGCAGAAGAAUGGAAACGGUCUGGAAAAGGAGAAUGUGAGGACUGUGCUGAGACUAUUUCCAUCCACUGAGGAAGGUGUCCCAGUCAAGGGUGACGUGCCUGUUAAGCGUAACAUUGCUGAGAGGCUUGGGAAGCGAAAGGCUGCCCUGAUGGGAGACGUGACCGUCCUUGUGAAUAAAGAACUGGCUGUUGUAAGUGACCUGCCCCUGAAACGCAGUCUGGCUGACCGCCUAGGCAGGAAAGUGAACUGUACGGAUGACAGUGCUGAUAUUGUUCCACCAAAGGUUCCAAAACCAGUACGAGAGAGACUUGGUUUACCUGUUGAACAUGCUUCUUCUGAAAUGGAUUGCGGUGGUCAGGGCAUGUCAACAGGUGAGAUCCGCAUUAAGACUCUGGAGGAGAUCAGACAGGAGAAAGCAGCCAAGGCACAGAUGGGAGGAGAGAAGACCCAACCUGAGCAAGCCCCGGCCAAGGUAUCCAUCCCCAAUAAAAAGACUAUCAAGGCCCCAGCCAACGCUUAUAUCAAAACCUUCUCGGAAAUCCUGCAUGCCAAGAACCAAAAGCAGACAGAAGAGCAGAGCAAGGCAGUCAAGGACAACUCAUCUGAUCCUCUUUCAACCCCUAUGGAGAAGGAAGCAGCCCCAGAAGUACAAGCUCCGGGGAAAGGGGCUCCCGCACAAGGAGAAGUGAGGGUUAAAACCUUGGAAGAGAUCCGCAGAGAAAAGGCAGCUCGGAUGCAGAGUAAAUUGGAGAACGCUGGAAAUCAAGAGAAGAGUGUGACUACUAGUAAAGAUGGAGCACCCGAGCCAACAAGGAGGAGAAUACUGCGCAUUAACAAAUCUGCAGGAGCAGCCUGUAAAGAGGAGAAGAAAACUGCAGAACUGACAGAAAAAAAUAAAAAUCCCCCUGUGCAGACAGGGAUGACAAAUGGUAAGGGCGAUCAGCCAGUGGAGAAGGUGAAGGUGAAGAGCUUUGAAGAGAUCAUGCGAGAGAAGAGACUUCGCAGACAGCAGGUAGAGUCAGCGGCCUGCCCUCCACAACCUAUGGAGGCUUCUCCUUCGUCUGUGAAACCAGAAGAGGCCCUGCAAGCACAAGCUCCACAGACCGAGCGAUCGCCCAUUUCAGUCAGGCAGAGAGCAAGUAAAGCAUGUGCCCCCCAGCAUGUGCCAACCUCCGUCCAACAGAAAACCUCACCACCAGGCCCUUCCAAACCACGCAUAACCCUCAGAAAAAAAGAGACUGUGCCUGUCCCAAAAAAGGAGCAAGGACCUGUGGCGGUUGAGAAGAAAGACUCUCAUUCUCCCGAGGAUUCAGCUACUACUUCAAAACAGACACCCAUCUCGCCUGUUAUGGAUGGCCAGGGAGGCUCUUCUGCAGCCCAGGUCCCAGAGGCCGGAACACUUUCCUCAGCUGAAAGCCCCGGAAUCUCUUCCCCAUUAACCCCUAAUCCAGAGCCUCAGGCUGAGAAGUCAGAAGAAGCUGCAGCUAAAAGAUCCACCACACAUCCACCGCAACCAAAAGUGAGGCCCAAGUUGAAUGUGAAGCCGUCAGUGGUAAAACCAGCUACCCCAGUUAGACUUGGCCAAAAGCGCAAAGUGCCCGAGAGCCACCGCUCUGCAGUUGCGGCUGUCAAGCCUCUGAAUAGCGCCCCCGCAGCAUCGGAGGAGCAAGAGCAGGAUCUGCUAUGCAGGUGGCCUGAGACUCCAGCACUCACAGAUACAGAGGCUGACAUGACAUCAUCGCUCCAGAGCCCACAGAUCGCAGAACCUGCAAAGAAAGCCAGGACCCCCGUCCCAGAGUCCCCGCGGCAGGACCCCAGCACCAUCCCCCAAGAGGAGCCCGACAAAUUGUCUGUCACCCAGUCUCCUGCUACCCCACAGGCAGAGCCUCAGAGACCACCUGCCCCAGAGUGUGAGCUGCCUGUGCCCAAGCCUAGUGCCAUCCCAGCCAGAGAUACUCUGUCAGUUCCACAGAGCUCUGCUGCAGUGACGAGCCCGCCAGUGCGUGCCACCCCCCUUGCGAAGACACGCCGGCUGAGCUCGGCGUCCUCGCGGGUCCCAGGAACGGAAGUCGAUGACUUUGAGGAACUGAUCAAGGAGUUUGACGACGGCCUGGACAACGAGAUCGAGCUGGACCCUGCUAAGGAUGACGAGGAUCUGCUGCUGGAGCUAUCUGAGAUGAUUGGCAGCUAGGGGCAGGGCAGAGGGUCCUUUUCAGUUUCUCUUUGGACAGCUUAACAGUUGCUACCUUCACUUAGAUGAAAAGGGCACUUUUUUAAACAAAUUGGCUGGCUUGUGGGUUUUUAUUCCCCCUCCCCUGUAUUUUACCUUAAAAACUGACUUUUUAAUGAAGUUUGGAAUGGUUUACCCAACAUCCAUUGGCGGCCCAAUGUUAACAUUUUAAUGCUAGAACUUCAAAUGCAGUACCUCCAGUGUGUCUCCUCAAUGGUUUUUACGCAAUCAGGAGGUAUGGUGGUUUGCACUGCAUAACAUGAAGUUCAGGGUGCUUUUUUGCUUUUUAAAAAAAGGUAUUGUAAAAAGCAGGGAGAUCUUUCUGUUUUUUAUUAUUUCUUAAGCUCCCUUCUUUUGUCUGUAUAGUAGUUGCUACACAUUUAACAUUUAAAUGUCAAGAAUUACACACAGUGUUCCCAGAGGGAAUUUUUAUUGGCUGUAUUUGCAUUUUUUGUUUACUGGUUCUAUGUUAAUCUUUCACUGAUGGAAAAAUGUAUAGCAUAAAGAAAUGUGAGAAUCGUGUUGAAAUACUGCUUCAAAGAAAACACCAUUCAUAUUCUGUUCAUUCUUCAGGUAUAGAAUGGAAAAGCCUGCUUUAGGAAUUGUGACUACUGCCAUACAAAGCAGUCUUACACUUACUGUUAGAUUCACUAUCUUUUUUGUUUAAUGCUAAUAUUGAACAUCUUUCAGUGCUACUCAUAAUCUGACCCACAGCUUGACCGAAACAUGUGUUGAUGUAUAUUUGUCUGAAUUGUAUGCUUGCCAUGGGUGUCAAGUGCAGAAUAGUUAUUUUCACCUUCACCUAUUAUUCUAUAUAGGCUAAGAAGACUUUGAGCUUGGAAAUAACUGAGAUUGUGGAAUGGAAUAAAACAAGCUAACAACACUUAAUUUUAGGAUUUACUGAUUAGCAUUCACAUUUUUUGCACCCAGCCCUGCUGUCCUCUUGAAGAUAUUGCUCAACAUGGCUUCAUAUCAAGGUUUGCAGAGCUAUUUCCCCAAAAAAUGGAGUGACUGACCUGUAACUGCUUAAUUGCCUGUUAUUGCACACACAUCAGUGUGUGAUUUGUACUCCAUUAUAUUGUCCUGGAAGACCUCCAAAAAAUGUUUAUUUGUAAAUCUUACUGACUGUACUGUGAACACAAUGGUCUUUUACAUGUGGGGUAGGAUGAAAUUUGAAAAAAAAAAACAGAUACACCUAGUUCAGCCAGGUAAAGGGCUUGUUCUGUUACAAUAUGUAUAUCCCUUUAAGUGGAGUCUGUAUUAAUUACGAAAUGAGCACUACUUGAGUGGAAUUUAUCAGUUUAGAGGGAGGGUACAUAUCCGCGUUUGGUGGAGUUUGCCAUUAAAUCUGCUUGGAACUGUCAGCUUGUGCUGAUAGGCAAAACUGAGCUAAACUUCUGACAAUGGUUAUUUUAUGUACACGUAAAGUAAGGAAAUAACUCAAGAGUGUCAGCCAACAAAGUCAGUGCAGUUUGUGGAUUGGAUUUCAGUUCUCUGUUACAUAGUGCACACCAGCUCUAGUGCAAAAGCCCUUUUCACACAUCACCAGUGCAGCCAGUGUGCGGUCUCUUCCAUUCUUUGGAAAUACUGUCUGCAGCCUGUUGCAUAAGGCAUACAUCUUCACUUCAAAAAACAAUUAUAGGAUUUGUAGAUGAUUCAUUACAUUGGAAGCACUAGAGGAUGGAGGGGUUUUGUAACUUUAGCAAACAGGAGAUACAAACUAAAAACACAAAAGGCAAACCCAGUUGCUUUAAUGUAAUUGUGUACUAUAAUUUACAUCAUUUAAAGAGUGUCUUAAUCUAAAAUGUGGUGCUGAAAUUCCACUGGGGACCAUGUUUUAAUUUUUCAAGAGUGUCGUAUCAUGUUUUAUCUCAACAUAGUGCUGUGUUCUCCCCCCUGAAAAACUAGUAGUUUAUUUUACAAUCUUGAAGCUUCUCAGGGAUGACUGUCUUUUGUGGAGGGAAUAUUGUUUCUCAUUUUUCUUCUGCACUGUGCUGUAUGAAUGAAAGUAUAUGUACUCUAGUUAAAACAUUUCAGUCGGGUGUGUGUCACCAGGCUGCGGAUGUUUUCAGAAAGUGAAAUAGGUUGUGUUCAUGUGAGGGAAAUACGUUUAUAUUUUAUUUUUCUCACCAUUGACCACAAAUCUUAAAAGUGGCUAUAUUGCUACAUUUGAGAUGUAUGGUCUGUUAAGGGGGCUGGACUGGGUUCCUUGUCCUAUUUUCUGUGUCAGUUAAAUUUCUGUUCUAAUUAAAUGCCUGUAUACCAUUUCCAAAAUUCACUUAUUUGUAAAUAAAAAAUGCCUUUUUCAAAACCAUA